CGUGCCUCUGUAUGGAGAUAGGGAAUGUGUGAGUAACAGGGAGAUUGAGUAUGAGUGAAUGUAACUAGCUACGUGUGUGACAGUGCAGGUCAGUAGAAACUGGAAUCUGAAGUGCCGACACACUCUCUAGCAUCAACGGAUUAACGAAAUGUCCCAGUGCGGCGUCGGUUAUGCUAAAUAACAUUUAACGAACUUCUGUGCGAGUGGAAUACAAAGACUGAGAAAUAGCUAAACGUUAAACUAGAGACAACAAAGAAAAAAGAAAUAACGGUUUGGAAACUGUAAUAUGAAAAAAGACGAGGUUGAGGCAUUAGGUUUUGUCCCUCAAAAAGACAUUGUCUACAACAAACUCCUUCCAUACGCGGGCAAAUUAGACGAAGAAUCCAAUGAUAUUUUGGGCCAAAUCAAAGGUAAUUUGGGCCGGGCAGUCCGUUUUAGGGAGCUAUGGCCCGGAGUCCUGUUUUGGACCAGGAAACUUUCUAUGUACAUGCGACUGUACGGAAGAAAGUUCAGCAAGGAAGACCAUGUGCUCUUCAUCAAGCUGCUGUAUGAGCUAGUGACCAUCCCCAAAGUGGAGAUCAGCAUGAUGCAGGGAUUCGCUCGGCUCCUCAUCAACCUUCUCAAAAAGAAGGAGCUGCUCUCGAGGGAAGAUUUGGAGCUGCCCUGGAGGCCGCUGUAUGAGCUACAGGAGAGGAUCCUCUAUUCUAAGACAGAGCACCUGGGCCUCAACUGGUUUCCCAACUCGGUUGAGAACGUGCUGAAGACUCUGGUGAAGAGCUGCAGGCCGUAUUUCCCACCAUCCGCCACUCAGGAGAUGCUAGAGGAAUGGCGGCCGCUUCUCUGUCCCUUUGACGUCACCAUGCAGAGGGCCAUCAGCUACUUUGAGCUCUUUCUGCCCACCACUUUGCCACCUGAGCUUCACCACAUGGGUUUCAAGCUCUGGUUCAAUGAGCUCAUAGACCUGUGGGUUUCAGUCCAGAACCUCCCAGGUUGGGAAGUGCAUCUAGUGAACCUGUUUGCCCGCCUAGCCAAUGACAACAUCGGCUACAUCGACUGGGACCCUUAUAUUCCCAAGAUAUUCACUAGGAUCCUGCGGAGCUUGAAUCUCCCCGUAGGAACCAGUCAGAUGCUGGUCCCCAGGUACCUGACGAACGCCUACGACAUCGGCCACAUCGUCAUCUGGGUGUCGUCCUUGCUGGGGGGGCCGAGCAAGCAAGCGCAGAAACAGCUGAGCGGACUCUUCAACAGCAUCACUUCAUUCUUCCACCCCUCCAAUCACGGCCGCUGGCUGAUGAAGCUGAUGAAGCUGCUGCAACGCCUCCCGGCCAGCGUGGUGCGGCGGCUGCACCGCGAGCGCUUCCGCAAGCCCACGUGGCUGACCCCCGUGCCGGACAGCCACAAGCUGACGGAGCAGGACAUCACCGACUUCGUGGAGAGCAUGAAGCAGCCGGUGCUCCUGGCCAUGUUCAGCAAGACGGGCAGCCUGGACGCCGCCCAGGCCCUGCAGAACCUGGCGCUGAUGAGGCCCGAGCUCGUCAUCCCCCCGGUGCUGGAGAAGACGUACCCUGCCAUGGAGACGCUGACGGAGCCGCACCAGCUGACGGCCACACUCAGCUGCAUGAUUGGCGUGGCGCGCAGCCUGGUCUCCGGGGGACACCGCUUCCCAGAGGGCCCCACGCAUAUGCUGCCCCUCCUCAUGAGGGCCCUGCCGGGCGUCGACCCCAACGACUUCAGCAAGUGCAUGAUCACAUUCCAGUUCAUCGCUACAUUUUCGACUCUGGUGCCUUUGGUCGACUGUUCGUCCGCCGUUCACGAAAGAGACGACCUGACGGAAGUGGAGCGGGAGCUGUGUUCUGCCUCCGCGGAGUUUGAAGACUUUGUUCUGCAGUUCAUGGACAGGUGCUUUGCGCUAAUCGACAGCAGCACGCUAGAGCAGACCCGUGAGGAGAUGGAGACGGAGAAGAUGACCCACCUGGAGAGCCUGGUGGAGCUGGGACUGUCCUCCACCUUCAGCACCAUCCUCACACAGUGCUCCAUGGACAUCUUCAAGGUGGCUCUGGAGAAAGUCUUCAACUUUGCCACAACCAACAUCUUCGAGACUCGCGUGGCCGGGAGGAUGGUGGCUGACAUGUGCAGAGCUGCUGCCAAGUGUCACCCGGCAGAGUCUCUCAAGCUUUUUGUGCCACACUGUUGCCACGCCAUAACCCAGAUCACCGUCAAUGAGGAGGUGAUGAACGAGGAAGAGCUGGACAAGGAGCUACUGUGGAACCUACAGCUAUUGUCAGAGGUGACCCGUGUGGACGGAGACAAGCUGUUGCCGUACCGCACGCAGCUGGUGCAGAUCCUCCAGCUGACUCUGCAUCUGAAGUGCAAACAGGGCUACAGCCUGGCCUGCAACCUGCUGCACCACGUCCUGCGCUCCACUGCCCUCACCUACCCCACCGAGUACUGCAGCGUGCCCGGGGGCUUCCAGCGCCCCCUGCAGGACUAUCUGCCCAUUAAGGACUGGGGUCGACCCGGAGACCUGUGGAACCUGCAGAUCCAGUGGCACGUCCCCGGCGCGGAGGAGGUGGCCUUUGUGUUCUACGUGCUGGACCUGCUGCUGCAGCCGGAGCUCGUGCGCCUGCAGAGAUACGCGCAGGGAGAGCAGGGCAUGAGCAGGGACGAUGUGCUGCAGAGUCUGUCCAUUGUGCAGCACUGCCUGCUGGGAGCUGGGAGCAUGCUGCCCCCCCUGCAAGGAGACCCCAUCCCAGACCUGGUGGCCAGCAUGGUGAGUCUGAACGAGACCACGCUCUACACUGGAGUGGAAUAUGACACCUCCAGGGAGAACUACAGAGAGGCCGUCUGCAAAGUGAUGAGACAGCUACUGCACUACAUCCUGGAACACUCCGAAGAUGACACCAAGUCCCUCUUCUCCAUCAUCAAGAUCAUCGGUGACCUGUUGCACUUCAAAGGCUCUCACAAGCAUGAGUUCGACUCCCGCUGGAAGAGCUUCAACUUGGUGAAGAAGUCCAUGGAGAACCGGCUCCACGGCAGAAAGCAGCACAUCAGAGCCCUGCUCAUCGAUAGGGUGAUGUUGCAGCAUGAGCUGCGGAAGCUGACUGUGGAGGGCUGCGAGUACAGGAGCGUUCACAGGGACCUUCUCAGAGACCUGCUCCGAAUGUCCACCAGCACCUACAGCCAGGUGCGGAGCAAAGCCCAGAGCGUGCUGUUCACUGCGCUGGGAACCUACAACUUCUGCUGCAGGGACCUCAUCCCCCACGUGCUGGCGGUCUUGGAGCCAGACCGCACCAGUGUCACACAGCAGCAGUUCAAAGGUGCCUUGUACUGUCUCCUGGGAAACCACAGCGGGGUGUGCCUGGCGAACCUCCACGACUGGGACUGCAUCGUGCAGACGUGGCCCGCCAUCGUGCGCUCCGGCCUCAGCACCGCCAUGUCGCUCGAGAAGCCGUCCAUCGUGCGCCUCUUCGACGACCUCGCCGACAAGGUCCACCGCCAGUACGAGACCAUCGGACUGGACUUCACCAUACCGGAGAGCAGUAUGGCCGUGGCGGUGAUGCUCAUACAGUCCCAGAACCCUGCCCAAAACCUGCCCAUGCCCACAGCCGAAGAAGUAGAGGAGGGUCUCCGGCGACAGCAGGCCAAGAACCUGGAGUCAGUGCAGAAGUACGAGAAGCUGCUCUCUGAACUUCUGGAUUGCCUCAAUGACAGAAACUUGCCCUGGAAGUUUGAGCACAUUGCCAUCGGCUUCCUGUCCUUGCUUCUUCGGGACGACCACCCGCUCCCCCCUCCCGCGGUCCACUUUUUUGUGAAGAGUCUCAACCAUGAUGCUCUCAUCGUGCGCAAGGUGGCGAUCUCUUCUGUGGCUGGGAUCUUGAAGCAACUGAAGAGGCCUCACAAGAAAGUGCCAGUCAGUCCUUCUGACAUCAGUGGUAUGAGUGAGCCGGAAGGGGUGGUGGCAGGGGACAGGCCUGAUAACCGCUGGCUGCAGUAUGACAGCAGCAGCCUGCCCCGCUCGCAGCAGGAGUGGGAGUGCUGUCGUUUUGUGGAGAAGACCCACUGGGGCUACUACAGCUGGCCACGGAAGCUGAUGCUCUAUGCCCCUCCCGAAGAGCAGCCCAAGCAAGGCCUGACACGAGAAGAGAUGAAUGAGAGAGAGCGCAUCAUCUACGACCAUUUCUCCAACCCUGUGUUCAUCAACCAGCUGAUCGAGUUCCUGUCUCUGGAGGACCGCAAGGGCAAGGACAAGUUCAGCCCUCGCAGGUUCUGCCUUUUCAAGGGGCUAUUCCGGAACUUCGACGAUGCCUUCCUGCCCCUGCUGAAACCACACAUGGAGCGCCUGGUAGCUGACUCCCACGAGAGCACCCAGCGGUGUGUGGCGGAGAUCAUUGCUGGGCUGAUCCGCGGCUGCAAGCACUGGAGCUACAGCAAGGUGGAGAAGCUGUGGCAGCUGCUUUGUCCUCUGAUCCGCACAGCACUCUCCAACAUCACCGUGGAAACCUAUGCCGACUGGGGCACCUGCAUCGCCACUGCAUGCGAGAGCCGAGAUCCCCGUAAGCUGCACUGGCUCUUUGAAAUGCUGAUGGAGUCUCCAGUCAACGGGGAAGGGGGCUCCUUCGUGGACGCCUGCCGCCUGUACGUGCUGCAGGGAGGACUGGCCCAGCAGGAGUGGCGCGUGCCGGAACUCCUGCACAGACUGCUGCAGUACCUGGAGCCCAAACUCACACAGGUGUACAAGAACGUGCGGGAGCGCAUUGGCAGUGUGCUGACGUACAUCUUCAUGAUCGACGUGAGCCUGCCGUACACGUGCCCCACGGCGUCCCCCCGGAUCUCGGAGUUCACCGAGCGCGUUCUGGCCCGGCUCAAGCCCCUGACGGAGGGGGACGAGGAGAUCCAGAACCACGUGGUGGAGGAGAACGGGGUGGGGGAGCAGGACGAGCGGACGCAGGCCAUCAAACUGCUCAAGACUGUGCUGAAGUGGCUGAUGGCCAGUGCAGGGCGCUCGUUCUCCACCGCCGUCCCAGAGCAGCUGCAGCUCCUGCCUCUUCUCUUCAAGAUUGCUCCGGUGGAGAACGAUGACAGCUACGACGAGCUGAAGAGAGAUGCCAAGACCUGCCUCUCUCUGAUGUCCCAGGGCCUGCUGUACCCUGAGCAGAUUCCAAAGGUGCUCAAGGCUCUGCAGGAGAUCGCGGGCAGCAGCUCCUGGCACGCGCGCUACACCGUGCUCACCUACCUGCAGAUCAUGGUCUUCUACAACCUCUUCACCUUCCUGAGCGACGAGCAGGCCGUGCGAGACGUCAGAGCGCUGGUCAUCAAGCUGCUGGAGGACGAGCAGCUGGAGGUGCGGGAGAUGGCGGCCACCACUCUGAGCGGCUUUCUGCAGUGCAACUUCCUGUCCAUGGACGCUCCCAUGCAGUCGCACUUUGAGACGCUGUGCAAGACCCGACUACCCAAGAGGAAGAAGAGGGAGCUGGGCUCUGUGGUGGACACCAUCCCAUCAGCAGACCUGGUUCGGCGCCAUGCGGGAGUGCUGGGUCUGAGUGCCUGCAUCCUCUCCAGCCCCUACGACGUCCCUACUUGGAUGCCGCAGCUGCUGAUGGACCUGAGCGCUCACCUCAAUGACACACAGCCCAUAGAGAUGACUGUGAAGAAGACUCUGUCCAACUUCCGGAGGACUCACCAUGACAACUGGCAGGAGCACAAACAGCAGUUCACUGACGACCAGCUCCUGGUGCUGACCGAUCUGCUGGUCUCGCCCUGCUACUAUGCCUAGAACAGGUUGCAAUAUGACUCUGAUGGAGAAUGUUCUUAUGAUUUUUUUUUUUAAAAAAAAAUAUUUUUUUGAUGGAAGCAGGAAGAUGACUUCUCUAUCCGGUUUUCCCCUCUUGUUGUGGGGCGCUGUGGGGGAGUGAACAAACACCAGAUGACCACACACGUGAGUGUGUGAAAGAGGAGCGCCCGUGUGUCAUCGGAGAGCCCCGCCCACACCAACCCCCUCUAGAGGAAACCGUAAAGAACAACAGAAUCUCGGAAUGAAA